AUGUCCUCACAGGGCACUCCGCGCAAAUUCUCCGAGAAGAUCGCCAUUUUGCAGCGGAAACAAAAUGAGGAAGAGGAUGCAUUCGCAAAAGUGAUGCGUGAUGUGCGCUCGAUUACUUCACACGAUCCACCACCAACAGCGCAGGAUCAAAACGCAAACGCCUCAAAUCAACAACUCUUGCCGGGCCAAUGGAAUCGCCCAGGUGGCUCUCUUCCAAACGUUCAUCAAAUCGUUCAGAAUCAACCCACCGGUCAAUGGGGCUACUGGGAGGCGCCAAGCGGGCAACGAGGCAGAUCGCCUGGCGGUGGAUCGCACUAUCAUCCUUACAAACCUUCUAGGUCACAGGAACGCGUGCCCCCAUUGCAUCACCACUACGCUCCGUACCCACCCGUCCCACCGCAACACCUCCAACCGCCCGAAUAUGCAAACUUCUACCGUGCCCGCUCGGAUCCGAUGCUUCACUCGGCCGCCCCUCAUUCCCAUCCGGCCUACUACGGCGGUCCACCCGGCUAUCCGAUGGGAAUGCCGCCUGGAAUGGGCCCACCGAUGAUGAAUGGAAUGGGCCCACCGCCCCCACCGAUGGGACAUCCGCAUAUGGGACAACCAGGACCGAUGGGCAUGGGUCCAAUGGGUCAACCACCGCCCCAAAUGGGCCCUCCACCUCACAUGAACGGCCCCCAACAACCGCCAAACUCGAUCAAUAUGCAAUCAAUACAACAAGUGGUUCACCAAAUGCAACCAGGUCCUAGCGGGGGUGGCCCUCCACAAAUGGGAUCUCCGAUGCAGGGAAUGUCCCCAGCCGCCACUCCGCCCCAUCAACAGCAACAAAAUAGUGUACAAUCGCCGAUGGGGAUGAACAACAGUAUGCAGGGAUCGCCGAUGGGCUCACAAAUGGGCUCACCGAUGCAUCACCCGAGCGGUCAUGCGGGAAUGCCCGGCUCCGGUGGGCCACUAUCGCCUAUCGAUGAUCAUAGAAUAAUGGAGUUGUGUUCACCAUUUGAAGGCGGUGAUGGAAUCGUGGGCUCUCUCCCGAACGUUUCCUCAAUGGUUCAUCAACAUCCACAUCUACAAAAUUGCUAUCAUCCGCCAAUAGGGCAACGACACAGCACUGGAUGUGUACGACUGGGCGCUCCACUAUCUUCGGCUCAAGAUCAAUCCCAUUCGGCACCCACCUCUCCUCAACAAUUCUCCGAGCAUCAACACGCGCCCGUUUGGCCGAAUAAUCGAAAUUUCAGCAAUUCUCCCGAAGUGAUCGACAUUCCGAAUAUCGUUUUAACUGGCGCAGAUGGAGGAGCCGGGGAAUUGGACUGUUUUCAGGAUCUCGCCGAUUUGCAUCUCGAUCCAACAGAAAUGCAAAUGUUAUGCAACGGGGCUGCUCCGGAUCUAUUAAGUGAGACACAAUUGCUAAAAAAU